CAACAAUCCAACUUCAAUGGUUGGCACAGAAUGAUGAUGAUGACAUGUCUGCAAUCCACAGACAGCAGAAGCAUAAUGGAAUUUGCCAGCAAAGGAAGCCAGGUUCAUAAAGCAGAGGAAGCAAGAAGGCGCCUCCAAACUGAUUGCAUUAACCAAAUCAAACAUUGAUUCAAGAGAAAAAGUGUGCAAAUCCUAAAAUGACUCCUUUGUGCGUGCAGUUCUAUUUUAGUGGCUUAAUCUUCUGGAUGAUACAGAAAUCAAGCUUCUUCAUGCUGCCCAAUACUACUGACCUUCUUUACCCCUCCAGCAUCCCUGACACUAGAAACAUUUCUAUCCAUGGAGAAUCAAAGAUUCGCAGGAAACGUUAUAUUUUUUCCAGGGAAAUGAGUACCCUUUUGAGCUAUCACAAUCAAGUGCGGGCACAAGUUUCUCCUCCAGCUGCCAACAUGGAGUAUAUGAUAUGGGAUGAGAAGCUAGCCAGAUCUGCAGAAGCAUGGGCAAAACGGUGUCUAUGGGAACAUGGACCUCGACAACUGAUGACAUUGAUUGGGCAAAACCUUGCCAUACACUCUGGCAGGUACUAUUCAGUGAUGGACCUAGUAAAAUCUUGGUAUUAUGAGAAGCAACACUACACAUUUCCUUAUCCCCAUGAAUGCAAGCCUAGAUGUCCUUCCAAAUGUAACGGUUCUGUUUGCAGCCAUUAUACCCAGAUGGUGUGGGCUUCCAGCAACAGAAUUGGCUGUGCUGUCCACACUUGUACCAAUAUAAAUGUGUGGGGAAACACAUGGCGGCAAGCGGUCUACUUAGUGUGCAAUUAUGCCAUCAAGGGCAAUUGGAUAGGAGAAGCACCUUACAAAAUGGGGAAACCUUGUUCAGCCUGCCCACCUAGUUAUGGAGGCACCUGCAGCAACAACAUGUGUUAUUUGGGAUUCAAAUCCAACAGAAUUGGUUGGUUCUGA